AUGAGCGAGAGAUUGUGUCAGCUUCUGAAGCUAAAACGACGAGCAGUGAACAUUCCUGUUCAUGGUGUGGGGGAAUCAGCUUCCAAUGUAAGACACAGCGUGCACUCGGUCAUAAAAUCCAGAAAGAACGAUUUUGCAAUGGAUUUGGAUUUUUUGGUUCUCCCAAGAGUCACUAUUGACCUCCCCGCCGUCACAUUCUCGGCCCAGAAUUGGCGUAUACCACAAGAUUUAUUCUUGGCCGAUCCCAGCUUCAAUAAAUCUGGAGCAAUUGACUUGCUACUAGGUGCGGAACAUUUCUAUUCCUUCGUCAACCCUGGUACGAGAAUUGAGCAAGAUCAGCAGCAUUUGCUUGUCGAAAGUGUUUUUGGAUGGAUUGUCGUUGGUAGAAACCUAAUUUCACCCGUCGUUGAACCCGUUGCCUGUCACGUGUCCGUAUCAGAUCCCCUCCAUGAUGCAAUUGAGCGCUUCUGGAAAAUGGAAGAGAUCAAUAACAAGCCAAACUAUUCCGUCGAAGAACAGCAAUGCGAGACACAUUUCGUAGAGAAUGUUACCCGAAAUUCUGAAGGAAGAUAUAUGGUGCGUCUUCCACGCCAUCCCGAUUUCGAUCACAUGCUGGGUGAUACGAAAGCUGUUGCCAUGCGCCAAUACCAUUCCCUGGAGAAACGCUUGGAGCGCGAUCCGAACUUGAAGCAGGAAUACCAAAAUUUUCUCGCCGAGUAUCUAUCGUUAGGCCACCUUCGAAUCAUUUCUGCGAAUGAACCCGAGCCGCCACAGGUCUCCUACAUUCCGCACCAUCCCGUCGUGAAGGAGUCAAGCAUCACCACAAAAGUCCGUGUGGUAUUCAAUGGAUCGGUACACUCCACUACCGGAUUUUCCCUGAACGACACCCUACAAGUUGGUCCAGUAGUGCAAGACGAAUUGCUCACCUUAAUUCUUCGUUUUCGCAAGUACCCUAUUGCACUCGUCGCUGACAUCGAGAAAAUGUACCGUCAGGUACUGGUCGACCCAAGAGACACCCCUCUGCAAAGAAUAUUUUGGCGUUUUCAACCCGAUGGCCCCAUCGAAACGUGCGAAUUGUUAACCGUAACGUACGGUUUGGCGUCUUCGUCCUUUCUUGCUACUCGCACCCUAAGCCAAUUGUGUAAAGAUGAAGGAGACAACUUUCCGCUCGGAGGACCAGCCCUGGUGAAAAACUUUUAUGUCGACGACUUUAUAGGAGGUGCCCAAUCCAUCGGCGAAGCAAUCCAUACCAGAACUGAAUUGAAUCAGCUGCUCGCGAAAGGCGGGUUUCAGCUCCGCAAAUGGGCAUCCAACGAUUCACGGGUACUUGAAGGUCUAGAUCCGUCACAAAUCGAAACGAAAGCAUUUCUGAAUCUCGAAACAGAAAAGGCAGUCAAAACUCUAGGCGUGAGAUGGGAGCCCAAACCAGAUAAAUUAAGCUUUGAAAUUGCUUCCAUCGAUCCCACUAGUGCUUCAACAAAAAGGACGAUUCUAUCUGGUGUAUCCAAGCAUUUCGACCCUCUUGGAAUCACUGCUCCAGUUGUCAUUCGCGCGAAAAUACUCCUGCAAGAGCUGUGGCUGCAACCAUGUGGAUGGGAUGACGAAGUUCCUGAUCCUGUCAACGAGAAGUGGAUAUCCUACUGUUCCGAUUUGACAAAGCUAUCCUCCUACGCAGUUGACCGAUGCGUUUUUCUUCCAAACUCUACCUACGAGCUUCACACGUUCGCUGAUGCGUCUGAGCAAGCAUACGGCGCUUGCACCUUUGCCAGGUCAAUUUCCUCCAAAGGCCAGAUCCGUGUUCAUCUGAUAGCUGCAAAAUCUAGAGUCGCUCCCCUCAAACGUCUAUCGAUACCAAGGUUGGAAUUAUCAGCUGCCGUACUCGCCGCCAGAUUACACGCAAAAAUCCUCGAAGCCCUCGAUAUGGCCAUAUCUGCAUCCUAUUUUUGGUCCGAUUCAUCAGUUACCCUCGAGUGGUUACGUUCUCCUACGCAUGUUUGGAAAACCUUCAUUGCCAACCGAGUAUCCGAAAUUCAAACCACCACCCACGGAUCGCAGUGGAACCACGUCGCAGGAAUCCAUAAUCCAGCUGAUCUGAUAACGAGGGGAAUGAAAGUGGAUGAAUUUCUGAGCAGUGAUCUUUGGCACCACGGUCCAUCUUGGCUUAGUCUGCAUAGGGAAAGCUGGCCAACAACAACCAAUGUGAGCAACCAUUCCGAUGAAGUUUUGGAGCGACGCAUCAUGGUGGCGGCCAUUCAAAAUCGACCAACCGUGAAUGAAAUUUUCUUGCGAACCAAAUCCUACCAACGACUGCUUCGUGUAACGGCCUACUGCCUACGGUUCAUCAAUGUCUGCCGUCAACGAGAAUCAUCAGAUCGACUAGAAGGAAGUACCGUACUCAACGUGGAGGAAUUGUCGCUGUCUCAUAUGAAGCUAGUAAAGCUGGCCCAAAUCGAUUCGUUCGGUGAAGAAAUUAGGGAAUUGGGUAGAGGGAAGCCAGUAUCGAAACGAUCAAAUUUGCGCCUAUUGAGUCCAUUUCUCGAUUCAGACGGAAUCAUUCGAGUCGGGGGAAGACUAAAUCUCUCAGAGCAGCCCUAUCACACGAAGCAUCCAAUCCUACUUCCCAGUUCCCAUCCUUUCACACGUUCUGUUGCUGUCUUCUACCAUAACAAACUGUUGCAUGGUGGCGGCCGUGUAACAUUAGCUGCAAUGCGGUAA